AUGUUCGUACUUGUAGGCUUUGGAUUACUGCUCCUGUUACCUAAGGCGGUGUGUGAAGUUCCUGUUAGUCAAUGUUUUGUUGGUGACCUUUUUGCUAUUCGUCAUAAAUAUUAUCAGUCAGGGGACCUCAUCAUUGGUGGCAUACUAUCUCAGAUCUACAUCCCUUUUGAUGGGAUACUAUUCAAAAUUCAUCCCUCUCAAAAUCUGAGAGAAGAGCACAUGUAUGCAAUUGUUUCCUGGACCUCUCAAGCUUCAAUGGAGCUUCUUUCAACACAAGGCAGAUUCAUCCCUAACUACAGAUGCAAUCACAUCAAUAAUCUGGUAGCAGUCUUGGGUGGACUUCAGUCUGACAUCUGUAAACAUAUGUCAGUCAUACUGAACAUGUACAAGAUUCCACAGCUCAUAUACAGUUCCUCAUCAGUGAUAAAUAAGUCACCCCAGCUUGCUUUCUUCCAUUCUAUGUCCCCAAAUGAAACCCUUCAAGCGAUGGGAAUUCUUCAGCUACUGCUUCAUUUCAGUUGGACAUGGAUUGGGUUAACUUCUGAAGACAAUGAAGAAGGAGAGAGGUUUAUACAGGGAGUGCUUCCCAUAUUUUCCCUGCAUGGUGUCUGCUUUGACUUCAUAAAGAGGUUUCCUGGACUGACUUAUUCAACAGAUAUGGUUGAAAAGGUAGCAUAUGGUUUUGAAAUGUUUGAUAGUAUGAUAAAGGCUACUGUCAAUGUUGUGGUGUUACAUGGUGCAGUUGAGACCAUGAUAAUCUUUCAAUUGCUUCUCCAAAUGUCCACUUUUCAAGAAGAACCAGUGAAAAAGCUUUGGAUUAUGACAGCCCAGAUGGAUUUCACAUUGAUUUCCUUCCUGAGGAAUUGCGAUAUUCAAUUCAUUCAUGGUGCUAUAUCAUUUGCAAGUCACUCAAAGGAGAUAUUGGGAUUUAGUAGAUUUAUUCAGAUGACAAGCCCAACUCUAGACAAAGAAGAUGGUUUCCUGAUGGACUUCUGGGAGCAAAUAUUUGAUUGCUCAUUCCCCAGCUCUGCCAUUGAAACAGACAGAGACCUCUGCACUGGUCAGGAGAAACUGGAGGCUCUUCCUAGCGCUAUCUUUGAUAUAAGAAUGUCUGCUCACAGUUACAAUGUCUACAAUGCUAUCUAUGCUGUGGCACAUGCUCUACGCAACAUGCAUUCAUCCAGAUUGGACCACAUAAGUAUGAUAAACAGAGAGGGCUGGAAGCUUCAGAACUGGCAAGCAUGGCAACUCCAUCAUUUUCUCAGACGGGUCUCAUUUAACAAUAGUGCUGGGGACAAGAUUUCCUUUGACCAAAACGGGGAAUUAAUAUCUGGAUUUGAUGUUCUAAACUGGGUGACCUUUAUAAACAAAUCCUUUCUCAAAGUCAAAGUCGGAAGAAUAGGCCCGGAUAAAAUGCUGACCAUUUUUGAGGAUGCCAUCACAUGGCCAAGCAUGUUUAAUCAGACACAGCCUCUUUCUCUGUGUAACGACAACUGCUAUUCAGGUUUCCAAAGGACAAAGAAGGAAGGGAAGCCAUUCUGUUGCUAUGGUUGUCUUCCAUGCCCCAAAGGAAAGAUUUCAAAUCAGACAGACAUGGACGACUGUUUUCAGUGCCCAUCAGACCAGUAUGCAAACAAUGUCCAAGACGCAUGCAUUUCGAAAAAGUUAAGCUUCUUGUCUUAUGAGGAACCUUUGGGCAUCAGUUUGGCUAUAUUUGCUCUAUUAUUUUCUUUCAUCACAGUUCUAGUGCUAGGAACUUUUGUGAAGCACCGCAACACACCUAUUGUCAAAGCCAACAAUGAGAGUCUCUCCUACGUUCUUCUAGUUUCCCUCCUCCUCUGCUUCCUUUGUGUUUUUCUGUUCAUUGGCCAACCUGGGAAACUGAGAUGUCUGCUUCAACAAACUGCUUUUGGCAUCAUAUUCUCUGUAUGUGUUUCCUGCGUGUUGGCUAAAACCAUCUUGGUUGUUCUAGCUUUCAAGGCUAACAAGCCUGGGUCCAGGAUGAAGAAAUGGGUAGGGAAGAGACUGGCUGCCUCCAUUGUAUUGUUCUGCUCCUUGAUUCAAGCCACCAUUUGUACUGUGUGGUUGGCAAGUUCUCCUCCAUUCUUAGAUCUGGACAUGUAUUCCGUAACUGAAGACAUCAUUGUGGGAUGUAAUCAAGGGUCAUUCACCAUGUUUUAUUGCGCCCUGAGUUACAUGGGUUUUUUGGCCAUCGUAAGCUUCAGUGUGGCUUUUUUAGCCAGAAAGUUGCCAGACAGUUUCCAUGAAGCCAAAUCUAUUACCUUCAGCAUGCUGCUCUUCUGCAGUGUAUGGCUGUCUUUUGUACCCACCUACCUGAGUAUCAGAGGGAAGUACAUGGUGGCUGUGGAAAUCUUCUCUAUCUUGGCUUCCAGUGCUGGAUUACUGGGUUUUAUCUUUUUCCCCAAAUGCUACAUCAUUGUGCUAAGGCCCGAGUUGAACAAAAGGAGAAACUUAGGAAGAAUAUAA